GCUAUCUGUUCCCGUUUCCUCCCAUCCACUCGUUUCUUCCUAACACUUCUACCCUGCCCACCGCUUCCUUAAUCACAACUCCCACCUCACCUGUUUCCUCCCCUCCACUCGUUCAAGUCUAUGGAUCUAGAGAUGGUGACGCCGCAACUUCGAAAUUCCAUUACCACCCCAGAUGCUGGUCCAGGCGGUCUUCUAGUUUGCUACAGGUCGCCGCGGCAGCCGCGGAGGAGAGCAGUUCAUGUCGAUGAAUCCAUCAAGCGGCCGUGUCGUUGAAUCCAUCAAGCAGGUCUUGAGGCCGCUCGUCAGCGCGAACUAGUAGCCGAUCUAGCAAAUGUCCAAUGUUGCUUUCUAGUCCCAGUACAUCGACAAGCAUGUUCAUCCUGGAAUGGAGUACUCCGUCGUUCUGCUGCAAACGACAGAAAGAUGAGCAACAAUUGUCAAUUCUCUGGCCUCUGGCUGCACCUGCUCAUCAUUUUCAAUGCCGAGAUCAUAUGAUGGAACCUCUGUGUUCAAAGCUGAAUCAGGGCCAUAGAUCCAUCUUCUACCAUCUGCUGAUCUACCCUGAAUUGGCAUUUCUUCAUGAAAUUCUUUAUCAAUGGUCUCUUUGUUUGCUUGGUCUGCGGCUGCGAUUAGUUCAUCCAGAUUUCUAGCUGCAUCGUCAUGUUCAUCUUCUGUAUCUUCUACCCUUGCUCUUUUUGGGGAACCACCCAUCUGAUUGACAUUUGACAUAUGGAUAACAUUAACAUGAUCUGUAUCUGUUUCUUUUGAAGUUGCAGGACACAUAGCUGCACGAGGUGAGAAUCGAGAUUCUUCCCCAGACUCAAUGGGGGAGAGAACAUCGCCUGCAAUGUUAUUACGGAGGGCAUAAUUCCAACAGUCCUCAACUACCCACCGACAGGUAUUUUCUCUUUUCACCCCUUGGUCGUCUGGCCCACACCUGCUGCGGAGAGGUAAUUUACUAUGUUGACCCUCUGGCCCAAUUAUUUAAUACCAAACAUAGUGUUACUUUGUUUUGCAGUACAUUAAAAUGACAAGUAAUAACAAUGGUGAUAGUUUAUAAUAGGAGGAUAAGCUGUUGCACUUCACUUUAUUUUCGUAGGUACAACUACGAUUGAACCUACUACAACUUGCUCCCGCUUGCAUCUUGAAUAGAACAUGCUAAAACGUUGAUUAAAACACGAAGGAUGCUACACACGUUGGCAUUUCUAGUAGGGACUAAUCUUCGGAGAUCAUAACUAGGGGUGCUUAAAACAGUAACAUACAAAUUAGCCACCAGGUCUCUAAUCCAAUGACAUGCAUGAGGCUCACUUAGCCACCCAUGCAGACGUGACAGCUAAGAUUGCAGCGACCGGUGCAGUAGCCGCUAGAGCCAUCUGGAGAGCUUUGUUCAUCCCCUUGAGCUUCUUGAUCUCAGCAUUUGCCUCCUCCAGCUCUUCGUAAGCCUCGUCUAGCUUCUCUUCACACCUCUCGUGUCUGUUCUUGUGGUAGUUAGCAAGAUCAAUAGCAGCCUGAUGACGCUGGUUCGUGUACCUCUCCAGAUCUUCCUCCCAAACUAGCACCUCGCAAUACCUUGCACCUGGUACCUUCUCACACAGGAGAUAACAGUAAAAACAUAACCCGUACGGUAUAUGAAAUAUAUGAUGAUUUUUUUAGUAAGCUCACAUUGCAAUUGGCGCAGUUCAAAACGAACUUUUCACGCCUUGCAACCGACGAACCAUUGCUCUUUGUGCAUUGCCUUCCACACGCGCAGUGCAGCCUGGGGGCGUUUUGAUUGUUGGCCAUCACUUUUGGUGAGAGAGAACAAGAUACUAAGUGAUAGCAGGUUCUCAAAAGUUUUGCUAUGGGCUGCUUCUUACUGUGGUGUUUCUAUAGAGCUCUCACCCCUUUUUGUAGAGAACCUUGCAUAGAUGUACAUUAAAGUCCCGUUACUCAUACAACCAACCGCGCAGAAACCAUAGUAGGCAAGGGUGAUAACUGUGGUAUACUAACUGGCAGCAUGCACUGCUCACGCCACUCCCUGACACUGUGCGAUGUCCAAUCCCAUGUUUUAUGCGCAUGCUGUACCUAGGUGAAUUGCUUUACGCCAUGUCAAAUCCCCCUUUUGAUUUCCGCCGCUGCCUCUUCCCCCCCCCCCCCCCCCCCCACACGCUUCAUGUUAUCCUUUUGGUCACGGGCCUGCUUGGCUGCCGGAUUUUCCAUUGCCGUUAACUAGUAAGCUAUGUUAACAAAUAAGUUAGCUUGUUCCGUUGCCUUCAGAGAGCUGUUGCAAUUAAUAAAUAUUGCUUAAAGGUUUUGUAAUGCUGCCGCCUUUUAUAAUUGGAUUCCAUCCAUGCAUGAGCUGGAUAGAUGCCCUCCCACCGGUUGACAUGAGUUGGGGUAUGAGAUUCUGACAUUGGAUUCCCUCCCUUGGCCAGUCUUGUACAGUGCUCAUAUUAUAUAUUACCAAAACAGUCGGGCCCUGCCCCAUGUCUCAUCUCAUAAUAAAAUCCAACCCAUCCCCGUGACUGAUGGGAACUCUUGUACCCAUCCCUUGGACGUACCAAGAGAGCUCGUGCCUCGAUCGUACGAGACCGCGUCGCGCGGGCAUUAUAAGCUGGCAUGCCCCUCCCCCCUAUAGAUUCAUCUACGUCAUGGCAAAUCCACACAGCUCCAACUCCGAGCUGUUCAAUGGCCAAUCAAUUAUGCCAUCGGUGUCUCGCUCCAUUGGUACAUCAUCCAUCACUAGAGCACCAUCAUCCCUAAGGCCAUUUACAAUUAAGGUGUUGUUAGAUGCAUUCUACGACGACACAGAGCAGUAUCCAUUCGUUAUUGACGGCAUGGCAGUGUCAUCAGUCGAGCUGCUAGGGAUGGUCACAAACAAAACAGUAAGCAUGGAUCACUGCACGUUUGACCUGUAUGAUGGCACCGGGGCUGUCAAUGUCAUCUACUGGUUUGAAGGCGCCCAAGACUCCAAAGAUGCCUGGUCGUUCAGCAAUGGUAUGUAUGUACGUGUAGUCGGUAGAACUACCAGCAUGGAGCAAUUCUUCCAGAUCAAGGCCUACAUUGUCAGACCUAUAAAUAACUUCAAUGACGUAACACACCACUUUAUCUAUUGCAUCUACGCCCAUAUCGACAUUAGCAGGCAGGCAAGAUUACAGCAUCAACAGUCAUGCCAAAAAAUCAUCUCAUUCCAGGACAGAUUCCGGAACAUUUUAACCUUCAGCAAAAUAUAUUUUCAGUCCUGCGCGACCCAGCUUACAGUAACACGAAGUUAUUCCUAUCCGCAGCGCCUUGGAACAUGGGGUGAGUCUAAAGCUGCUUCGCAACGCAGUGGAUGCAAGCCAAGAUGUUAUCAUGUACUACCCAUUUUCUCGUAGAUAAUUCUGUUAGGUUUCUGCCUAUAAUACACUGACACGACAAUGUUUUUUUCUUUAUUCCACGGACGUGGUAACGGAGCAAAUAAUGAUUGGUGAGAUAUACACUACUAUUGAUGAUUGCCAUUUCAAAUCUUCAAGAGUUUAACUAGUGAAAGAUCAUGACGUCUGUUAAAAUGUAUCGUCCUAAUCGGAUGCUUUUAUUUGUUGAACUAAUUGAGUGACCUUGUCAUUUGUAA